GUGCUCCCACACACCUGAGCUGCUCCUCACCUGAGGGAUUCACUGUGCUCCCACACACCUGAGCUCCUCACCUGAGGGAUUCACUGUGCUCCCACACACCUGAGCUCCUCUCCUGAGAGAUUCACUGUGCUCCCACACACCUGAGCUGCUCUUCACCUGAGGGAUUCACUGUGCUCCCACACACCUGAGCUCCUCACCUGAGGGAUUCACUGUGCUCCCACACACCUGAGCUCCUCUCCUGAGAGAUUCACUGUGCCCCACACACCUGAGCUGCUCUUCACCUGCAGCAUGGGUUUUCACCCCAAUAUCCCCUGUCCUCCCUCAGGUUCACUUCCUGGCAUCUCCUGCAGUAAUUGGGGUGAUGGCCUCCAGCCCGCACCUGAACUCUGACUGGAUGUCGAUGCUGUGCCCCCAGCUCUGGGACCUGCCCCUGCACCACUUGUCCAUCCCAGGGAGUCGUGACACCAUGACCUACUGCUUGAGCAGGAAGUCCCCCAUCUCCCACUCUGAGUCCAGGUUGCUGCAGGUGCUGGGCAAGGUGCUGCCCUGUGUGACGCUGCCCAUGGUGCUGCGGUGGUCCAUCACCCAGACACUGGAUGUCACGGAGCAGCUGGACGCAGGUGUGCGGUACCUGGACCUGUGUAUUGCCCACAUGCCAGGCGGCUCGGAGAAGAAUCUGCAUUUUGUGCACAAGGUGUACAGCACAGCACUGGUGGAGGACACCCUCACAGACAUCUCGGAGUGGCUGCAGAAGCACCCGCAGGAGGUCAUCAUCCUGGCCUGCAGGCACUUUGAGGACAUGACCCCACACCUGCACGAGUACCUGGUCACCUGCAUCCAGAACAUCUUUGGGGACAUGCUGUGUCCUCGAGGGGAAGUGCCCACACUGCGGCAACUGUGGGCCCGCGGCCAGCAGGUCCUCGUGUCCUAUGAGCAUGAAGGCUCCGUGAGGCGGCACCGGGAGCUGUGGCCUGGGGUCCCCUGCUGGUGGGCAGACCAGGUGAAUACCAAGGCCCUCAUCAGUUACCUGGAACGCAUGAAGAGCUGCGGCCGCCCAGGUGGACUGUUCGCAGCGGGUGUGAACCUCACAGGGCACCUGACCUACGUCCUGGCGCAUCUGUCGAGGUCCCUGAGCCAGGUGACAUUGGCAGGCCUGCCCAUGCUGACCGCCUGGGUGCGUGAGCAGUGUCCGGGAUCUGGCUCCCGCUGCACCAACAUUAUCGCGGGUGACUUUGUUGGGGCUGGCAGCUUCGUCUGUGAUGUCAUUGCACUCAACUGGAAGCUACUCCGCAGCUGAGCCCUGGCCCGGGCCUCUCAGUGACAGAUGUGUGCGCAGGUGGGGCAGAGUCCACAGUCUGUGAGCCCCCUCAGCCAUUGCAGCCCCCUGACCCUGGGGCGUCCGUGUGGUGGGUGCUGACAUUGGCGACGACCUCACAUCGCACCUGGGAGUCGCAUCUGUGCACCUGCAUCUCCUUCCCCAGUGCAUGCUGCCCUGGAUGACAGGACAGGCUCACCAGGGACUCUCCCCCAGGUAUUUCUGGGAGCCGCCAGUGGCAUUGCCAGGGUGGCAGGAGCUGCCCGGGGUGUCCAGUCUCACCUGGGUGGCAGGGGCCAUGGCCAGUCCCAGGGAGCAGGCUCCAGGUCAUAGGUCUGACUGGGAGUUCAUUUCCUGACACCAUCUAUCACUUUUCUGUAGUGCACACAUUCAUACACAUGCAUGGGCUCCAAGUAAAAUCUAUCAUGCAUGCAGUGUGCACACGUGUGUGACAUUCCAGAUGCAGCACAGACAUGGACCACUCAAUCUUAUACAUGUUUGGGCUCCAUUCGCACAUGCAGUACACACACAUGUGACAUCUCACAUACAUGCAGCACACACACAUGAACCACACAGAACUGCAAAGACGCAAGCGUGUGGUGAAGAUAGUGAGCUCCAGGUCCUGGCAUAGAUAGGCCCCAGCUCAGGACAUGAAAAAUCAGAAACUCCCUCGUUGCCUCUUUGCUCCUCCACAUUUUGUCAAAUAAACUGAAGGAGCUGACAGACACUGUCAGUGUCAGCGUCAUCACAGCUCAAAGUCUCCCUAGGCACAUCAAUCAAAUGUUGCCAUUUGUGUUUUGACAGGCAGGGAGACAGAUAUGUGGGACAGGGACAGUCAGUCCGCUGGCUCACGCCCACAUGCCUGCCAAGCCAGCACUGGACCCAGCUGAAGACAGCAGCCAGGAGCUCCAUCAGAUCAAGGGGAGGAGGCGGUGAGGAGGAAGAGGAGGCGGCACUGCCAGGAGCUUCCAGCCCCCAGCACCCUCUUCCUCCUGGAGUCCUGAGUCUUUGCCCCUCCUCCUCCCGAGUGUCCAGGGUCCCAGCACUCGCCCUUGGCUGAGUGUGACCCUAGACAGGUAAGUAUAGGUGAAGUCUGAGAGGCAGCCACUCCAGGGCGUCAGGAGGAAGAGAAGCAAUGUCUUCCCUUCACCUGCCAGGCACAGGGUCCCCUUCUAGUCCAAGCUGCAGGACCCUGGCCAGUGCUGGCUUUGGAGGGAGCCAUUUUGCCAAGUCUGCAUCAAGGAGACACUGGAGCCUGCAUUGUGGCCUAGUGGGUAAAGCCCCCAUCUGCGACGCCAGCAUCCCCUGUGGGCACCAGUUCAAGUACUGGCUGCUCCGCUGUUCAGGCACUGGAGCUCCCUGCUCAUGCACACCUGGGAGGCCCAGAUGGAGUUCCAGUCUCCUGCUUCAUCCUGGCCCAGCCAUUUGGGGAGGGAACCAGCAGAUGGAAGAUUCUCUUUCUUUCCCGCUGCUUUUAAAUAAAUCAAUCUUUAAAAGGCUUGAAGAGCAUCUCCUGUCUCUGACGGCCUCCUUCCUACUCCCCCAAGCCUGAGAGACGGGUCACGUUCAUGCCCAGUAUCCAGCAUGCCACUGCAUCUGCAGUGGGGGACCCUGGCCCGGCCAGCCUCGGCUCCGCCUCUCU